AUGGCCAACAGCGUCAAUUCAACCUUUUACCUACCCCUUUCCAACUGCACGGAAGUCACACCCCGGUGCCCGGUCGAGAACUCCAUCUACGGGUACUAUCCCUCGAUCGGUGCAAAUGCCUUCUUCGUGGCCUUUUUUGCUAUGUGUGGUGCCUUUCAACUCCUUUUCGGCAUCCGGUACAAGACAUGGACGUAUCUGAUCGCCAUGUUGCUGGCCUGCGUCGACCAGUCGCUCGGAUACGUUGGCCGUGUGAUCCUACACCACAAUCCUUUCGACUCGAUCGGCUUUGAGAUCCAGAUUUGCUGCCUGAUCUUGGGUCCUGCGUUCAAUUCUGCCGCCAUCUACCUGGUUCUCAAGCACAUAACCCUGGUUUUCGGGCCGGAGUACUCCAAAAUCAAACCGAACUGGUACACAUGGAUCUUCAUCACGGGAGAUCUUAUAUCACUGGUGCUCCAGGCCAUCGGUGGUGGCAUGGCUGCCACCGCCGACGACAACCAAUCCCAACAAGACACUGGUGAUGACUUGAUGAUGGCGGGUAUCGCCUGGCAAGUGGUCACCUUGUUCUUCUUUGGCGGUGCGGCAUCAUGGUAUGUCUUCCGCCGCUGGCGAGCACACAACGAGCCCCUUUCCGCCGAGGCCAGUGGUUUUCUGAACGACCGAAAAUUCCGGCUGUUUGUAUAUGGGUUUAUCAUUACCUAUGUGGCCAUUGUGAUCCGGUGUAUCUACCGUAUCGUGGAGAUGGCAGGUGGAUGGGCAAGCCCGGUGAUGCAGUUCGAGCCUGCUUUCAUCGCUCUUGACGGAUGUAUGGUUGUGAUAGCCACACUGGUCCAAACGGCCUUCCACCCAGGAUUCUGCUUCCCACGUCUGUCCAGCGGAUACAUCCCCCCUCGAUCGUCAUCUAUCGUGUCGGCGGCCGCCCCCAAGGAGUACAACCCGCCAAGCAUGCCCUCCACGCCUCCUGACGAGUCCGUCGAGGUGGAAAGAGAGAAGAGUGGCCGAGAAGAGGCUUGA